CCGCGACGGUCAGGGCUGCCGAGAGUGAAAACCGGCGGCGCUUGCGUCAAAUGUGAAAACUGAAAGUGAAAAGCGAAAAGACUCUCCCCACUCCUACCCCUACCUUUCGCUUUCGGGUUGCACGUCCCCUCCAGACCACUUUCCCCGGCGGUGCGUGCGUGCAUCGUUGCAGUAGGCUGCCGAGAGAGCCGCUUACAGCACGUGAUAUACACCGAUUAUUACUUCCCUAGCGAAGGUCAACGCAACAUCUUCACUGCGCUUCGUAUCGUCGUCGUUCGUCUCGUCAUAUCAGCAAGUCAACAAGUAUUGUUGAUUUUUUUUCGAACCUUUUGCCUGUUAGUUCUCGACGUUCCUCAGCAUAGUAGUGAGUCGCGAGUCCUUCAGCAGCUGCAGCAGCCAUGGCACCACGCCGACAUCUCGGGCAAGUUCAAGGCCUCCUUGGAAUCGAUACCCUCGAAGAUGUCAACGUUACCCGCUGCUGUGUACCAAACGGCGAAUGUCUUCGCGCCCAGCAGCAACUUAGCCCCAACAACAAUGACCCCAUGCUCAUCUCCCUCGACGAUCUUAGAGACACCGUUCGCGUAACUUGCAAUAACGAAUUGUGCACCGCUGGCCGGUAUAUGCACCGCGAGUGCUUUGAUCAGUGGGAACAAACUGUCCUUGCCUACCUAAAAACCUGCGGAAGAGCCAGGUCCUGGUCGGAGAGACAGCGUCACCAGAAUCUAUGGACCAAGAAGGGUUACGAUUUGGCCUACAAGGCGUGCGGCUGCAAAUGCGGCCGCGGUCAUCUCAAGAAAGACCUGGACUGGAUGCCUCCGCCGCCCACCAGCAACAUUUUCGGCCGCAUAGAAGAGAUUGACACCGGCAAGAAGAAAAAACGCCGCAAUCGCAAUGUCAGACCCACCUUGGCCAUUUCUGCUACACACACCGCCGCCACCGUAGUCAACGAGACUCGUGGCCGUGCUGGAAGCCUGUCCUCCAGCACCGGCUCCUCUUCGCCACCAGCCAGCGGCAGCGAAACCAGUGUUUCCCCGAUACACGCUCAUUCCAAGAAAAAGUCUAAAAUCGAACUCUCCGAAAGAAUAAGAAUUGGAGGUGGUGCAAAUGGCAUUUUCACUCGCCGAUUGGAUUUCAGCUCCUUCAAUGCUCUGCCGAAGAACAAACUGAAUUCUUAUCAAAUUAAGACUGAAGACGAAGGCAAUCAUGGAAACGAUGACACUCGUUGUUUCAUUUUAUCCACUUUGGCGUCACAAGGACGCUCAAAAGUCCAGUGCGUCCUUUGCGAGGAGCAACUUCUUGUCUUCGACAGAUAUCCUCUGGUCGAUGGAACAUUUUUCCUUAGUCCCAGACAGCAUGCCAAAUCAUGCAUUGAAGUGAAAGUUGAGGGUCGCACCCAGUUCCUGACAGUCGUCUGCAUGGGAUGUCUGGAAGGUGUGACCGGUCGCGGUAUCAUUUGCCGUUACUGCAAUCAGAAAUGGGACGGAUCUUCGCUGGUACUCGGAACCAUGUAUUCUUACGACAUUUUUGCUGCCAUGCCCUGUUGCACUGAAAGAAUUAAGUGUAACUCAUGCUACAAGCCGGUAUUGCACCCAGCGCAAAGACUGAAUUUCUUCAGCGACUACAGUCACAUGGUGCCGUGCCCGCAUUGUCGCACUCUCGACACGCAUUUCGUGAAACCGCUAGGUUUCUGCUACACCCGCCAGGUCGCUCCGCGACCGCUGCAGAUGUGGCCUUAGCCCGCGGCCCCCAGAGCCGUCACCAAAGCGCCGCCGUCUCCGCCAACACCUCCAGACCCGGACCCGAUGGACUUGGAUUUGGGUUUAUUGUGGCGCGAGCUGGCUGGCUUGCGCCUCGAUGAGUUUUGCCGACUGCAAUUGACUAGAACUCGGUAGACGCAUAAGGUUUUAUUUAUGCAAAAUCAAUCGGUUUUUUCAUUUGCAUAACAAUUAUUACCUAUGGAACUUUAACAAGAAUAUCCAUAACAUGAUUGAUUUUCAUAAUGCAGCCACUUAGUUUUCUUUGUUAUGUUGUUGCUUUUUAUAUUUGCAUUUAUUUUUGGUCUUUUCUGCUGCUAAAGUAAGCGACGGCUCGGCAAAUAGCAGAACUGUUUUCUUAAAUAUUUGUUUAAUAUAAAACCG